ACAGCUCGAUCAAGUAGUUUGAUAUACCAGCAGUCCAGCACGAAAUAAGGAAAAAAAAAAUACAGUCUGAUAUAAUGGAGGAUAUUGUACACAACAAGAUCGAUAGAGAGAGCCUCAAACCUGGAGAUCACAUCUAUGCUUACAGACUUGCGCACACCUAUUCCCACCAUGGUAUCUACAUUGGGGGAGAUAGAGUGAUUCACUAUAACAGAACUCAACAAGCAAACAGAUGGAAUCGAGCGGAGCCAUGCAGGAAGUGCGAGCUUGACAGAAAUCACCUCCGAGGAGUUGUCAAGUCUUGCGUCGACUGCUUUCUCCAAGGCCACGCUCUUCGCCGCUUCCAAUACGGCGUUAAGGUCGUGCGCUACCUCGCCAGCUGGCACGGCACCUGCACCACGGGCCGUGCUGACCCACCAGAAGUCGCCAUCCGCCGUGCCAAUGAUCACUUAGACGGUCAUGGGUUCGGGGACUACGACUUGUUUGAGAACAACUGCGAGGCGUUUGCGGUGUUCUGCAAGACGGAGAAGGCCGUGAGCAGCCAGGCGUGGGCUGCCAUGUUGAUGUUGAAGGCCGGUGUGAAGAUAGGGAGGGACAGACUUCUUCAUGAUGUGAAGGUUCACUAUGGCCAGGAAAAGCACGACAAGUUGAAGCAGAUGAUUGAUAGCGCGCUCACUGGUAUCUCCUCGCUUAAAGAGUUGAUUGCCAAUCUUCAGAAGGAUCAGGCCGCGGAUUCAGUCGAGGAGGUCAUGGGAUCACCGGUGCAUGAGAUUUGAAUUGAUUUGAAAUUAAUUAAUAAGGAGGUCUAUGUUUCUGUAAUAUGUACGUGUGAGAUUUGGUAAUUGUUUAGGUAAUAGGUUAUUGAUUUAAGCAUAUUUAAUGUUGUAAUAUGUAUUUCAUUUUCUUGAUUGGUGUAAUUAAUAUAUGGGACAAUGCCCACUAGCUAUAAUUUUAAAAAUUUUAUUCUC